GGACCAUCGUCACCAAGUGCCGUUUUAUAGCGUGCGAUCAUGUGGUCAUCUUGGCCAAUGUGAUCCAUCGAACAAGUUGCUAACUGGAACUGAUUUAUUGAAAUCCAUGGAUCGUGCUUCGUAAUGGGAGGAUGGCUUCAAAUUUGAUGCCAUCGACAUCUUGUUUGAUCAACAAUCAGAAUGACUUGGAAACCCCUGACAGUCCCACAAACGAAACCAAACUCGCAUAUUAUUGUGAACAACACUGCCCUGGCGAAUAUCAUGUGCACAAUGAUGAUGCACUACCGACUCCGGGGCACUCCUCUUCAGGGUGUCAAUGGUCCACCGAGGAACAGAUACUUGAACACCAGUUUGCAACGGAAGCGCUAAAACAGGAGCGCACGAUCCGAUAUCCGGAAAUGAACGACCGUUCGCUGUUGCAUGGUACACCAUAUUUUUACGAGUAUGAAGGCACAUUCCCAAGUUCCCCAAUUGACCACUCACCGACGGUGGGGCAUAACUUCGGACGACAUCGAGGCAAACUGAGUAGUGACCCGACAUUCAUUCUCAGUCUCGUCCGAUGGGCACGGAUAGGUUCUUCACGGCUGGCUGGUGAUGAUGACCAAAUUGACCGACUCAAUUAUCAAAUUACAGGGCUCAUUCUGCUCAUAUUAAUUGCAUUAACCGGAAUGAGACAAUAUCUAUCUCAUCUACCGUUGCAAUGCUGGAUACCACAAGAAUUCUCUCGCAGCUGGGAAGAAUACGCUGAGAACUACUGUUGGGUAACCAAUACCUACUACGCAAGCCUUGAGUCCAGACUUCCUCCACCGGAAGAAAGGCAAAAUGUCGUUCGUUACUACCAGUGGGCUACAUUUGCUUUGGCCGUGCAAGCUGCUGGUUUCUAUCUUCCCUGCAUUAAUUAUUCAGGAUUUCAAGUUCAGCGGAUAAUGCAUAGUGCCAUCCAAGUCAACUGUGCACCAAUAGCGUCUGUUUCGGCUGCCAUCGCCGGUGUGGCAAAAUACAUGGAUGCAGUGAUUUACCGAAGGCAGUACAAAAUUUGGCAGCGGCCAGCAACAUUCAGCGGUUUGUUCGAACCUGUAUACUGUUAUAAAUUUUCACCAGUCGAACAAUCUGCCGCAAAAGCCAAAACAGUCCAGUUUAAAGGGACACAGGUUCAGCCGAAGGACUACAAAAUAUUGAAAACCUCCGAGGAUCCUCAUCACCAUGGUAGAGCCACAUUACGAAGUCAUAAAAAAUCUCCUGCUCCACCUCCUCCGGUAGAGAGUCAACAAACAGCGCCCAAAGAGACAUCCACCCCGGCUGGUGCCCAGAGCAAUGGCCGAAGCGGAAUAAAACCGGGAAGAAAGCAAUCUCUGGGUUCGGCAAGCUUCUGUGACGUAUGUUGCGCCUGCUUUUCAAGCUGUCUCAUCAACCAGAAGACUUCAGCGAAGAACGAGAAAACUGACGCGCAAUCUAUGCAAACCUUGAAGCCGUUGAUCGAACCUCCUACGGCAAAGACCAGUGGUGAACAUCCGGACAUCUCUCGGUCCUCAAGGCAGUGGCACACUAGAUCAACAUACUGCCCCAUGUGGUGUUGGACUCAUCAAGGCGAAAGCGGGGAGGCACACAGUUACCCUACGGAACGGAAAAAUGGGCGACAUCAAACUUCAGGGGUACUGUUCACUCACAAACGGAAGGAUUGGUUGCCCAGAUUAUGCAAGAUGCUUGGCAAAGGCUUUGUGGUAGUCUGUCGUCUCUUGUCGACUUUUGUAUGCCUUAUACCGGGAUGCCUAUACCACUGGAUGCGGGGUUCUCAGCGGAUCAAAUGCAUUCAAAGGAGCAACGCAUUUCUUUUCUACCUGUAUACAACGAUUAAACUUUUAUACCUGCUCAAUAUAUUGGGCCAGUUGUGCUUUUUAAAGUACUUCCUUGGCACCGAUUCUUAUAUCUUUGGAUUACAUGUACUCUACGAUUUGCUUAACGGGAAGCCUUGGACGCAAACCGGAAAUUUCCCUCGGGUGACCUAUUGCGAUUUUGAAGCGAAGAAGACAGGAAAAAAUUACAAGUAUACAUUACAAUGUGUCCUCCCAUUAAACCUCUUCCUGGAGAAAGUGUACGUCUUUUUGUGGUUCUGGUUUAUAUUUGUCGCCUUGUUGACCACCUACAGCCUGCUCAAGUGGCUUUCACGUCUGAGCAUUCCACAUCGUCGUCGCAAUUUCAUUCAUAAAUUCCUCAUACCAUGGAAAUUCCCUUAUGGCUGUGAACAGCUGAACAAGCGUUCGUUGAACUUCUUUGUUGAUAAAUACCUGGACUGUAAUGGUGUUUUCGUCAUCUGGCUUGUUUCGAUGAAUGCCAGUGAACUGGUUGCUGGUGAGCUCAUCUCAGCUUUGUGGGACUUAUUCUGGACCAGAAUCUGUGUAGCCUCUUCCUUUCUACCGGCUCAGGUCUUUUCAAAAACAGAAUUUGGCGAUAACGCGAAUUGCGCAUUUGAUGAUUCUUCGUCCUCAUCACAGACGAUACACCAGCUGACACCCUAUGAACAGCCGUUGUUGGUCCCCACUGAAGGCAAAUGGCAUUCGACUGGCCACCUUCCAAACGCCGUGCCUGCUGGUAGUCUGACUGCCGAUGUAGCAACUAAAAUAGAAGCCAAAGCUGACAUGUCAUCGUAUAUUCCCCAUUCACCAGCCGCAUUUACCCGAACAACCUCAAGUAGUUUGAUCGUACCGGCUGUACUUACCAACCAGUCAACGAACGACUCUUCAAUUAAAGCUUCUGCAAUGGGCUCAAGCCUGGAUAGUAUUGUGUGAAAGCGAUGUACA